UAAUCCCUCGGUGGAACUUCUUAACAUCCUUCAUUAGUGGAAAUAUUUUCUAUACAAUGAAGUCAACAACUUAAAUUACAGCCGUGUUUGUGUGGCUCUGAUUCAUCUGCUGUGGUUCAUGAAACUUGAGAUCUAAGGAGUGCAGGGUCUUUUGCGAUGACAAUAUGACUAAUAGUAAAGGAAGAUCCGUUACUAAUAAAACAAGUGGUGGUCCAAGUAGUGGAGGCAGCUUUGUAGAUUGGACUUUACAGUUAAAUGCAAUUCAAUCUGAUAAGUUUUUAAACUUACUGUUGAGUAUGGUUCCAGUAAUUUACCAGAAAAACCAGGAAGACAGGCACAAAAAAGCAAAUGGCAUUUGGCAAGAUGGAUUAUCAACUGCAGCACAGACUUUUAGUAAUAGAUCUGAGCAACACAUGGAGUAUCACAGUUUCUCAGAGCAGUCUUUUCAUGCCAAUAAUGGGCACGCAUCAUCGAGCUGUAGCCAGAAGUAUGACGAUUAUGCCAACUAUAAUUACUGUGAUGGAAGGGAGACUUCAGAAACCACUGCCAUGUUACAAGAUGAAGAUCUCUCUAGUGAUGGCGAGGGAGACGCAAUUGUGGAAGUGAACCCAAAAUUACCAAAGGAAUCCAGUGGCAUCAUGGCAUUGCAAAUCCUUGUGCCCUUUUUGCUCGCUGGUUUUGGAACAGUUUCAGCUGGCAUGGUUUUGGAUAUAGUACAGCACUGGGAGGUGUUCAAAAAAGUUACAGAAGUUUUCAUUUUGGUUCCUGCACUUCUUGGUCUUAAAGGGAACUUGGAAAUGACAUUGGCAUCCAGAUUAUCCACUGCAGUAAAUAUUGGGAAGAUGGAUUCACCCAUUGAAAAGUGGAACCUAAUAAUUGGCAACUUGGCUUUAAAACAGGUUCAAGCAACAGUCGUUGGCUUUCUAGCAGCCGUGGCAGCAAUUAUAUUGGGCUGGAUUCCAGAGGGAAAAUAUUACCUGGACCAUUCCAUACUCCUGUGCUCUAGCAGCGUGGCAACAGCCUUCAUUGCCUCCCUUCUGCAGGGAAUAAUAAUGGUUGGGGUUAUUGUUGGUUCAAAGAAGACUGGUAUAAAUCCUGAUAAUGUUGCUACACCCAUUGCUGCUAGUUUUGGUGACCUUAUAACUCUUGCCAUAUUGGCUUGGAUCAGUCAGGGUUUGUACUCCUGUCUUGAGACCUAUUACUACGUUUCUCCAUUAGUUGGUGUCUUUUUCUUGGCUCUAACUCCUAUUUGGAUUAUAAUAGCUGCCAAGCAUCCAGCCACAAGGACAGUUCUCCACUCAGGCUGGGAGCCUGUCAUAACAGCUAUGGUUAUAAGUAGCAUUGGGGGCCUUAUUCUGGACACCACUGUAUCUGACCCAAACUUGGUUGGGAUUGUUGUCUACACACCAGUUAUUAAUGGCAUUGGUGGUAAUUUGGUAGCCAUUCAGGCUAGCAGGAUUUCUACCUACCUCCAUUUACACAGCAUUCCAGGAGAAUUGCCCGACGAACCCAAAGGUUGUUACUACCCAUUUAGAACUUUUUUUGGUCCAGGAGUAAAUAAUAAAUCUGCCCAAGUUCUACUGCUUUUAGUGAUUCCUGGACAUUUAAUUUUCCUCUACACUAUUCAUUUGAUGAAAAGUGGUCAUACUUCUUUAACUAUAAUCUUCGUAGUGGUAUACUUAUUUGCUGCUGUGUUACAGGUGUUCACCCUGCUGUGGAUUGCUGACUGGAUGGUGCAUCACUUCUGGAGGAAGGGAAAAGACCCGGACAGCUUCUCCAUCCCCUACCUCACAGCCCUGGGUGACCUUCUUGGCACAGCUCUGUUAGCCUUAAGUUUUCAUUUUCUUUGGCUGAUUGGAGAUCGAGAUGGCGAUGUUGGAGACUAAUAAAUCCUACAAAGCGCUCUCAAGCUACCAAGGAGAAAAACAAGACAACCACUUAACGGCUCUUUGAAAAACUCUUAAAUCAGUAGUGUGACUUUUGCCAGGGUAAUCUUCAGUUGGCUCUGAUUCAGUUAAAUGGCCUUAACAGUUUUUUAAGGAAUUUGUGUUGAAACCAGAAUGAACAGUAUUUGUGCUGCUUUUUGUAGAAUAAAUGACAAUUUAACAUAGUCAUAGACAUAAGCUCAAGCUCUGAAAUUAAUAGGAAAGAAAAUAGGAUGUUUACAAUGAAUAAUUUUGAAACCACAAACAUAGCAGAAAUGUACUUUAUUAUUGCUUAACUUGUAGUACAAGAGGAAAGGAAACAGAUCUCUGGUUAGCCUUUCUUGUCUCACAGAUGUGCUAUAUCCCAAGGAAUACUACAACAUGAAAGGUGCCCAACCAAAUUUUCCAUAGUUUUAACAGUGCCACCGCCAUGCUAGCUGAGGAUAAAUUUACCAACUGCUCGUGCCUAAACCUACCUGAAUACAUUUUUGCUGAGCAUAAGGUAAACUCACUUUUACCUCCCCCUAAAAUUACUCUGUGCCAAUACUAAUUUGAUUUCAACUCUGCAAGCUCUUGGCAGACUAACCUCUAAACAGAGUGAUCUUGAGAGAUAUUAAUAAAACCAA